AUGUCUCCAAAGACAACGUCUAUAUUUGCCAAGCGCCCGAUCAAGGUGGUCGUGGGCAGCGAUGAGCGCGUGUACUAUGUUCACCAUGGGGCGCUUGAAGCUCACCCCACAUUCGAAGCCCAGCUGAGAUCGGCAACGGAUGACUAUAUGUAUCACAUCAAUUGGAGCGCCUAUGAUGAGCAGACCGUGGAAUGUGCCCUGAGCUUCCUAUAUACCGGUGGUUAUCAAGCCCCAGAUGCAACGCCCGAGGUGGUUGAGGUGGUAGAAGAUCCCGAUGCGGAAGCGGGGGAAGAGGCCCCAGCGGGGGAUGAGGAAGUUGUCGAGGAAGCCGAAGAGGACGCGGAAGAAGGCAUGUAUAACCUUGCAAAAUGUUCCGCAGUCCCUACCGCGCCCGGCUCCGAGACAUCGGAUAGCCCAGCUUCUGCGACCUUCUCAGAAAGCGACCUGAACGAACGCCCCUUAACUCCCUUAGGACUGUGUUGCGGUGUCAGUCUCCCAGAGUACGCCGCCGCGAAGACUCCCGAGACCGAGAAGGAAGAGGAAGAGCCAACGCCAGAGCCGAAGGAAAGUUCCGCUAGCGAAAUAUACAUCCACACCAAAGUGUAUUGGUUCGCACACCAGCUUGAGUUCGCAAACUUGAAGCAGUACUCCCUGAACCAACUCGCGAAGGUGCUGGUUGAUCUCGAGCAAACCGAGAAGGAUCUCUUCCCAUACCUGGCUGAUGGGAUCCGACUGAUCUAUUCCACCACCGAAGCCACCGACGAUGCGAGGUACCUGCUGUCUCAAUUUGUGGCGUUCAAAUAUGCGACCCUCGUUGGCGAGGACUUCGACAAGCUCACCUCUGAGGGAGGUGAGUUUAUGGUGGAUGUGUCACAUAAGCUUGCUCGGAAGCUCAUCUCGCUAUCCCAUAUAUUUCAAGAGAAGUUUGAAGAGCUCGAGAGAAGGAAUGAGGAGCUGGAGACGGAGAGUGCUGAAAAAGACAAACAGCUGGAGACCUUGAAAGAGGAGGUGAAGCAAUUCGAGACCCGGGAAAAGACUGACCCUGCACAGAAGUACCCGGCGUACACGUAUCAGAUUUGA